AUGGAACCACCCCUCACGCUCAUCAUAAAUCAAAUAUCACCCCCUUCUCUAAUUCCGAACUACCUCCCGUCCACCACCGCCAUCUCCCCUACGUCACCCGUUCCUCCCCCACCCCCACCUAGGGAUUUCCAUUUCUCCCCUACACCGAACUACCCCACACCGUAUGGGAACGUCUCUCUGGGAUCGACGCUGGAUCUGGACGUAUCGCUUGAAAAUACCCAUGUGGGUAAAGAUGAUGUGUUGGGUGUGAGGAUGAUGUUGGAAUGUCAAGGUCCAGGAGGGAGGUUCAGGUUGGGCGAGGUGAUCCAUUCAAACCUGACUGAUGUCAAGGCCGACGAUACCGACGAACCAAGGAGGGACGAAGAGCAAGAACAGGUAGAUAAACUUUCGAUAUUACGAUAUGGAGAGAGCGUCAGUCUCAAGAUUGAUAAUGAGAUUAAAGACUUGGGAGUGAAUGUUUUGAUUGUCAGUGUAGCAUGGGAGACUUUGGAGGGUAGGAAGACGUUUCAGCGGUUUCUGAAGUUCAAUGUCAUCCCACCAUUAUCUAUUAAAACCCGAAUACAGACACCUUCCAACCCCAAUACCCUCCUCUCUCCAACAAGAAGAGAACAAGUCUACCUCGAGAUACUCAUUCAGAACGUAUCGGGCGAGUCUAUGAUCCUGUCCAAUGUAUUCUUAGAACCUGUUAAAGGGUUGAUAUCCAACCUGAUCUCGGAGAAAGAUCAGGAAGAACAGAAGGAACAGAUCAUUCUUUUACCUGAAGAUACACGUCAAUUCUUAUUUACCCUCUGGCCUGACCCGGCUCCAAUACAGUCGGAAGAUGAAAACGGUAAUGGUAAAUCAAAAUUCUCUUUCCCACCUGUGUAUCAACCUGGGACAAUCCUGCCUCUAGGAAGAUUAGAUGUCACCUGGUUAUCUGGGAUAUACCAUUUGAAAGGGAGAUUACAGACUUCAACUCUUAAUCGACGGGUCCCCAUCCCUCCAGCAACAGCCCAACAGCAACACCAACAGAGAGGUAUCUUACCUGCACGUACGCUGAGUUCACAAUCUACUAUACCCACUCAUUCAAGUCCAUUGUCCACUCCGCAAAAAGAUAGACUGGGUGUCAAUGGCGCAAAUGCAAAUUCGCUUCUGGCUCCUAGUCCAAUUAAGGGGACUUUGAAUACCCGAGAUGUGAGAGAAGAGGAUCAAUGGGAAUUUGAUUUGACUCUAUCAGAUGAUCAGAGAGAAUUUGAAGCUGGGAGUAGGUUCUCGAUAGGAUUCAGGUUAGGUGUGAGAUCUACAAAAUAUAUAUAUGAGGGAUCUUCCAGAAGGCCAUUCAGUACAAGUACAUCGGUAUCUGGCCCUACCUCGAAGGAGGAAAUAGAAAAGCAACAAGUUGAUGAUGAUGUACCCUUAAGUCGGAUUUCUUCAAGGGCAGAUCAAGAAUUACCGCCACCACCUUCACCUAGAAUAGCAAUUCAAUGUCUAACUCUCACUCCAUUAGCUCCUGCUACUCAACAGAGUGUUGGUGGACCUCAGAUAUCGAUCUUAUCACCUUCGAGAACCAGUACACCCCUCUCACGUGCUCCUUCGUCCAACACCACUUUAGUUGAUAGAAGACCGUUCUCACCUUUGUCAAACACUGGUGCUGGUGCUGGUGCUGGUGCUGGUGCUGGGCCUAGUAGACCUAUGACACCUAAUUCGAUAAGUAGUCAAUUAAGGCAAGCUCAAUCGCAGGGAUUGGGUUUAGCGAGUAAUCAAGGUUCGCCAAGAAUUGCAAAUAGAUCUGGGGAUGGUACUCCUUUCUCAUCCGAUACGAAUACUUCGAAUAAUAAUCAAAUUGUGAUUGAUGAUGAACAAGUGGCAGAGGGACAAGAUGUAUUUCCACCUUCACCUUAUAUCCUAAAUGGUGCUGGCACACAGAAGACCGAUGGAAUCGUGAAUAUAGGUAAUUCAAUGAAGUUGUUGGAGGUCAAACCAUUAGGAAAGGUGAUUCAGAAUAUUGGUCAACUUGCAUAUCUGAUAGAUGACAAUCAAGAUGAAAAUGAGAAUGAAACCAAAGGGAAAUACAAAUGGGAGGUAGAGUACGGAUUCAAUUUGGAUUUCAUAGCUUUCGAUCAAGGUUUAUUUGAUCUGGGUGGAUUAAGGAUUCUGAUUUUGAAUGAUAAUAGUGAGGAUAACAAGAUUGAUGGGAAGGUGUUGAAGGAGUAUAAUAGUUUGGGUGGUAUAUAUAUCAUAGGAUAA